AUGUGUGAGUUUAUAGCGUCGGGAUGGUGCAGCGACGCUGCGGGUUUUGCGACGCAAAUAAUUUGCGCGCCAAUUGACCUUUCGUCGGACGUCGUCGAGCAGUGCGGCGAUGGCGGGCGCGGUCGCACCGGCUCCGUCCAACACGUGCUAUAUAUAGGUACGCGACAACGCGCCACGCCGAGCGAACACGGCCGGCUACGUAGGCAGUUUUUCUUUAUCACCCACCCGAAAGCCUCUCCAGCCUGGAUUUUAUGGAAGCUUUGCCAGAGCCGCCGCCUUUACAGAGACGAAGGCGUCGGGAUGUCGACCCACACCACCCUCCCCAGAUCAAUAUGGUCGCCGCAAGAACACCCUAGUGUGGAGAUGUAUAAACCGUAG